CAAACGACAUUUUUCGCGACAUAUAUGCCGUCACUGUCGACGACAGUUCUAUUCUUAUUGUAUUUUUUAAAAUGACUGUCUUACGGAGGAUACCAUGUAUACUCCGUUGAAGUUUGAGAAUGUAUACAUGUCGAUAAAGCCCGUGUAAAUAAGGACUUAAUAAAAUAACCUCAAAGAGCACAACAGCUGAUUUAACCUCACAUACGGAAGCACUAAUGAUUUUCUUACAAGUAUUUCGGUAGCCAGUCACGUGUUUCAGUUCAAAUUACCCUUACUCAAAAUUUUACAAUGCUCGCAAGAUUUUAUAAUAGGACACACUACCAUGGAUAACUCGGAGGAUUUACCUACUAAAGCGGUCGCUCUUGUGGAGCGUAACAUUGAGCCACAAGGUAUUCCACUGAAUGAUCCGGAAGCAGUGGCUAAAACGUCUCAAAAGGACCUGAUCGCGUUGGCUACAGAGAUACAAAAGGCGGACAGUUUCAUUAAGGUCAAAACCUGCAGCAAGUUACAAGUAAUAGCGGAACAGAUACAGUUUCUAAAAAAACAAGCUGAAGACAUUCUCAUAGACGCGAAUAUGAGUAUGAAAUUGAAUCAUAUCCCUUGCAACUUUGUGAAACAUCCUGAACAAGUGUAUCAUCUGUAUCAACGAGAGACUGGCCAACUUUACUUCUCUAUGCUUAGUCCAGAAGAGUGGGGUACUUGUGCACCUACCCAAAUUUAUAGAGGUUCUUAUAGAUUAGAGCAAGACCAUUCAUGGACACCUUUACGGGAUAGUGCCAAAAGAAGCGAAGAAACGACUAUUGCUGAAAUUGACUCAGCUAAAUUUUUAUCUAAUCUUCCAACUUUCUUACGGGCAGUAUUUGAGAAAUAAAUCGGUUGAAUCUAGUUU